CUGGUAGAUCAGCGGGACCGCCGAGCUUCAGCUUCCGUGUGUUUUCGGGCUGGCUGUUCUUUGUCCUCCAUUAGAGCUCGGAUUCCCAGGCCCAUCGUACGGCGCAGGCCCGAAGUAGCGCAGCCGCUCUGAGUUAGUGUUUGAGGCUAGCACCACGCCAUGGAGGACCACAACGUUCACCAGACUGAACACAUGACCACCAUCGAGGAGCACGCCGUGCAGCAGGUACAUGUGGCCACGUACACAGAUCACAGCAUGCUGAGCGCCGACGAGGACUCUCCCUCAUCCCCUGAUGAUGACGCCUAUGAUGACUCAGACAUCCUUCACUCGGCCGGCAAUGACGAGAUGACCGCGCACCUGGCAGCUGCAGGCCCAGUAGGUAUGGCUGCAGCUGCUGCCGUAGCAACAGGCAAGAAACGCAAGAGGCCCCACAUCUUCGAGUCCAACCCGUCCAUCCGCAAGAGACAACAGACACGCCUUCUGAGGAAACUGCGAGCCACCCUGGAUGAGUACACCACCAGAGUUGGCCAACAGGCCAUAGUUCUGUGUAUCUCUCCCUCCAAGCCCAACGCUUUGUUCAAGGUGUUUGGUGCUGCGCCGCUGGAGAAUGUGGUGAGAAAGUACAAGGGCAUGAUCCUGGAGGACCUGGAGAACGCCCUGGCCGAGCACGCACCCCCCGGGGGGGAACUAACCUCCGAGCUGCCCCCCCUCACCAUUGACGGCAUCCCUGUCUCUGUGGACAAGAUGACACAGGCCCAGCUGCGAGCGUUCAUCCCAGAGAUGUUGAAGUAUUCGACGGGCAGGGGCAAGCCUGGCUGGGGCAAGGAGAGCUGCAAGCCCAUCUGGUGGCCAGAGGACAUCCCCUGGGCCAACGUGCGCAGCGACGUGCGCACUGAGGAACAGAAACAGAGGGUGUCGUGGACGCAGGCGCUGCGGACCAUCGUGAAGAACUGCUACAAGCAGCAUGGACGCGAGGACCUGCUGUACGCCUUUGAGGACCAGGUGCCACAGCACACGGCCAUGACGACAGCCACCCACAGCAUCACCCACCUGGUGCCCUCACAGACCGUGGUGCAGACCAUCAGCAACCCCGACGGCACCGUCUCCCUCAUACAG